AGCUGGGAGCGGGAGCGCGCGCGCGCGGUGGGGGGGGGGCGGUGUUGAAGCGGCGAGUGUUUGUCCCAAGGAGGAGAAAGCGGGCGCCACGGGGGAGCGGAGCUUUGUCUGUGUGUGUAUCCUGCCUGUGCUCGAUAAAUUACAAAACUCCCCGUCUUCAGAAGUUGGGUCAGAUUUGUUUGUUUCAAACCUCUGCAAAAACAACAGUGGAAGGUUGCUAAUAGUAGGUGUACUCUCCUGUGCCAUUUGAAGAUGGUGAAGCCUGAUCUUCACACUCUGGCCCAUCAUCUCAAGCAAGAACGUCUUUAUGUGAACUCUGAAAAGCAGUUGCUUCAGCGGUUAAAUGCAGAUGUACUGAAAACUGCUGAAAAGCUGUACUGCUCAGCAUGGAUUGCAAAACAGCAGCGAAUUAACCUGGAUCGUCUUAUAUUAACAAGUGUGGAAGCUUCUCCGGCAGAAUGUUGCAAACAUGCCAAGAUCUUGGAGAGUACACAGUUUGUGGAUGGAUACAAGCAGCUGGGAUUCCAAGAGACAAUAUAUGGUGAAUUUUUGAAUCGAUUGAGAGAGAACCCAAGACUCGUUGCCUCGUGUUUGGUUGCUGGGGAGAAACUUAAUCAUGAGAGCACGCACAAUGUCAUUCUUACAGUAUUUACUGCCCUUUAUGGUAACUGCAUUAUGCAAGAAGAUGAGAGCUAUCUUCUGCAAGUGUUACGUUACCUAAUUGAGUUUGAACUGAAAGAGAGCGAUAACCCUAGGCGUCUUCUUCGAAAAGGUGCUUGUACUUUCAGCAUUUUGUUCAAACUUUUUUCAGAGGGGCUGUAUUCUGCAAAGCUCUUUCUGACAGCAACUUUACAUGAACCAAUUAUGCUGCUGCUUGUAGAAGAUGAAGAUCACUUGGAAACUGACCCAAACAAGCUUAUUGAAAGAUUUUCACCGGCACAGCAGGAAAAACUUUUUGGCGAGAAGGGCACAGAGCAGUUCAGACGGAAGGUGCAGGAGAUGGUAGAGAGCAAUGAAGCAAAGCUCGUAGCUUUGGUCAACAAAUUUAUUGGAUAUCUCAAGCAAAAUAUUUAUUGCUUUCCGCAUAGCUUACGUUGGAUUGUAUCACAAAUGUAUAAAACCCUGUCUUGUGUGGAGGGGUUGGCUGUUGGGGAGGUGAAGGCCAUGUGCACGGAUCUUUUGCUUGCUUACUUUAUUUGCCCAGCAAUUGUGAAUCCAGAACAGUAUGGGAUAAUCUCUGAUGCUCCAAUUAAUGAAGUGGCAAGAUUUAACUUGAUGCAGGUUGGCCAACUCUUGCAGCAGUUGGCAUUGACGGGCAGUGAGGAAGCAGAUCCACGAUUGAAGAAUAGUCUGUCCAAAUUUGACAAAAGUUGUGUUGCAGCUUUCUUGGAUGUUAUCAUUGGAGGUCGUACAGUGGAAACCCCUCCUAUGUCCUCAGUGAACCUGCUGGAAGGACUUAGUAGGACUGUGGUUUACAUGACCCAUAGUCAACUUACAAACUUGGUGACUUUCGCACGACAUGUAAGGUCAGGGGAGCUACUAAGAGAAGAGGACAAGAUGGCUCUGGAGAACCUUAUCAUUAAUGUUCCUCAACCCAGAGCAGGGAAGAGCAAUAGCCUUGAGCUGACUCCCUCCAGCACACCCCAGCUGUCUCCUGCAACUACUCCAGCCAACAGAAAAAAUCGACUGCAAAUAGCUGGAAGGAACAGAAACCGGGCAAAUGAAGCUAAAGAACAGCACUUCGAACAUGAAAGCUCAACUCAGGAGCCCUUACAGGAGGUCCAGCCUGAAGAAGUAUUGGUCAUUUCACUGGGCAUUACGUCACAGAUGUCACCAGGCAUGAUGUCAGAAAAUGAGGUGUUGAGCAUGCAGCUUGCUGAAAGUGGGCAGGGAGAAGUGCCUGUAGAGGAUGGAAAACUGCAUGGCAAACCAGAUAAAACUCUGCGUUUUUCCCUCUGCAGCGAUAAUCUGGAGGGAAUAUCAGAAGGACCUUCAAAUCGCUCAAACUCUGUAUCCUCACUGGAUCUGGAAGGGGAGUCGGUUUCUGAACUAGGAGCAGGACCUUCUGGAAGUAAUGGUGUUGAAGCUUUACAGCUAUUGGAACAUGAACAAGCCACAACACAAGACAAUCUCGAUGACAAACUGCGUAAGUUUGAAAUUAGAGACAUGAUGGGGCUGACAGAUGACAGGGACAUUUCAGAAACCGUGAGUGAGACCUGGAGCACUGAUGUCUUAGGAAGUGAUUUUGAUCCAAACAUUGAUGAAGACAGACUACAAGAUAUUGCAGGUGCAGCAGCAGAGAACAUGCUGGGUAGUUUGCUUGGCUUACCAGGUUCAACUUCGGUACUGCUUGAUCCCUGCACAGGGUCAACAAUCUCUGAGACAACGAGUGAGGCCUGGAGUGUGGAAGUUCUGCCAAGCGACUCGGAAGCCACAGAUAUGAAACAGGAGGAACGGUUGCAAGAGCUGGAAAGUUGUUCAGGAUUGGGUAGCACAUCUGAUGAUACAGAUGUGAGGGAAGUGAACUCGCGGCCCAGUACGCCUGGACUAAGUGUUGUAUCAGGCUUUUUACACUAUUUAACAGGCAUCAGUGUAACUUCAGAAGACAUACCUAACAAGGUCGAGGACAUACGGUCAGAAUGCAGCUCCGAUUUUGGAGGGAAAGAUUCUGUUACAAGCCCCGAUGUGGAGGAAAUUGUACAGGGUGCACAUCAGAUGACCUCUCCGCUUUCCCAGACAGACACGUUGCUUGCAAUGUUUGACCCUCUGUCUUCUGAUGCUUCAAUCAUACCAUCAAUAGUCAGGCCUAAAGUACACUAUGCAAGACCGUCACACCCACCACCAGAUCCUCCAAUACUGGAAGGUGCUAUAGGAGGCUCUGAUGCCCGAUUGCCAGCGUUUGGGUCUCAUAUGUGUUGCCAAACUGAAGCUGAGCUGCUCAAACAGAGACACUCAUUUCCAGAAAGGCUAGUACGGAGCAGAAGCUCUGAUAUUGUUUCUUCAUCUCGCCGACCAAUGAGUGAUCCUGGAUGGAAUGCACCAGGUAGCAGACGGACGGUGAAUGAGGAACUAUUUGCAGCUGGGGCAGCACCUGUUGGAGCCUCUGGACCAACUUCAUCUCCAAGCAAAGAUUCCCUAGGGGAGGAUAGAAAAGACAGCGAUGAUGAGAAGUCAGAUCGUAGCAAAUCCUGGUGGAAGAAGCGAUUUGUGUCGGCUAUCCCUAAAGCUCCUAUUUCCUUCAGGAAGAAAGAUAAACAAGAAAAAGACAAAGAAGAUGGUGCACAGGAAAGGUUUCAGGCCAUGCAAGGUUGGCUGAUCCUACCUUACAUAAUGAAUGAUGAACCAAUUCCCAGGUUGAACGCACAAGCUCAAGCUGCUGAGGAUAUCCUGGAUAAAUAUAGAAGCGCCAUUAAACGAGCUAGCCCCAGUGAAGCAGUUGUCAACGAUGAGGUUACAGAGGCUAUUGGAGAUGAUAGCAUGCAUGAUUCGCCACGUGAUGAAACUCUUCAAAACCUUUCAGCUGAUGAUCUGCCAGAUUCUGCUAGUCAGACUGCUCAGACUCAAGACUCCACAUUCUCCUUUAGAGAUGCAAAGAAGAAAUUGCGAAUGGCUCUCUGCUCUGCUGAUUCAAUUGCAUUCCCCCUAGUGAGCCAUUCAGCAACAAGAAAUGGCCCUCCUGGAGGACCAGAUCAAGGAGAAUCGGAAGACAAUGAGAUUGUCUGCUUUCUCAAAGUUCAGCUGGCCGAAGCCAUCAACUUGCAGGAUAAGCAGCUGAUGGCACAGAUUCAAGAAACCAUGCGCUGUGUUGGCAGAUUUGACGGUAGAACCUGCCACAAGUUACUAGCUGCCAUUGCUGAGGAUUAUAGAAAACGAGCUCCAUAUAUUGCUUACUUGACACGGUGCCGUCAGGGGCUUCAGACUACUCAAGCCCACCUUGAAAGACUCUUACAAAGAGUGCUGAGAGACAAAGAGGUUGCCAACAGAUAUUUCACCACAGUCUGCGUGAGGCUAUUGCUUGAAAGCAGGGAAAAGCAUAUUCUGGAAUUUAUUAAAGAUUUUCAGAAUCUCACUGCAGCAGAUGACAAAACUGCCUUAGUAGAAGAAUUCCUGCAGUCGUUGUAUGGAGCUAUGGCACAAGAUGUUAUCUGGCAGAAUGCCAGUGAAGAACAGCUUCAGGAUGCACAGAUGGCAAUUGAACGUAGUGUUAUGAACCGCAUUUUCAAACUCGCCUUCUACCCCAAUCAGGAUGGUGACAUUUUACGUGACCAGCUUUUCUAUGAGCAUAUUCAGCGCCUGUGUAAAGUUGUCAGUGCAAAUCACCGGGCACUUCAAAUUCCAGAGGUGUAUUUGAAAGAAGCUCCAUGGCCAUCUGCACAGUCAGAGGUUCGAACAAUCAAUGCAUACAAGACCCCAAGAGAUAAGGUUCAGUGUAUCCUGCGAAUGUGCUCCACCAUAAUGAAUCUGUUAAGCCUGGCCAAUGAGGACUCAGUCCCUGGGGCAGAUGACUUUGUUCCUGUUCUUGUGUUUGUCCUUAUCAAGGCUAACCCACCCUGCCUGCUGUCCACUGUUCAGUACAUAAAUAAUUUCUAUGCCAGCCGGCUCGGUGGAGAAGAAUCCUAUUGGUGGAUGCAGUUCACAGCAGCAGUUGAAUUCAUUAAAACCAUUGAUGAUCGCAAGUGAUGCAGAACACCACCUGCAUGACAGACUGUUAGGAAAAGUGAAAAGAUUUACACCAACUGUUUGUGGGAGGGCAUCUGAAGACCGAAUCCUCUCCUCUUGUAUAAUAGAUGUACAUAGUGUGGAGGCAUUUAAAAAAAAACUAGAUUCAGUGGGUCUUUACCAAAAUUAACAAUCAGAUUUACUAACAGGUCUUUAUAUAUUUCUGUCGUAUAAAGUCAACAGGUUUAGCAAUGCAAAAAGGGACCAUACUUUUUCAGGUAUUUCAAAAAUUUGUUGGUGUACUGUAGGAAAAUGACACUUCUCCCCUACAUUAGCCUGAAUUUUGAACUGAGGCCUCAAGUGCAGUGGUGAUUUCACCACCACCCCCCACCCUUGGUAAAUUUAUAACCAGUCAAUGGUAGCUUUUUUUUUCCACAUGAAAGUAAUUUUUGUUUGAUUUUUGAGAGUGCCCAGGUCAAACCUGGGGUGGGGGGAAAGCUGUAUGUGCAUUUGAUCAAACAAUCAUGCCUUCCCUGAAAGAAAUGUACUGACGAUAUACAACGUGUCAGAACCCGAGUUAAAGAAUCCACAAUUGCAGUUUAUCAUUUUAUCUGAAAAAGUUACCCUCUCGCGUUGCUUUAAUAUAUUUUUUGACCCUGUUGCUGUUAUUAUUUCCAAAGUUUGGACUUCUCUUAGGCCAGGGUGUCAUACCUAAUGUUGCAGCCUUAUUGGCAUAUGUUUGAAUUAAAUGUUAGCAUUUAACCAACCUGUUAGUAAAGUGGCAUAGGACUGUAUUCGUUUUAGUUGCUGGGGUUAUCUUUAUAAAAAUAAUCCAGAUAAUGAUGCUUUUCUGGAGGUGUUUUUACAUGGAGAGCUGUUUCAUUUGGAUUGAGAAACUGCAGAGUCUGUUUGCUGGCCCUCAACACUAUGCAGUUCUUAAGCUGGUUCCUUUUUCUGUGGCAGAAUCGUAGACCCAGGAAAAAGCGAUCUGAGAUUUUGCUUUUCUGAAUAAGGGAUCCAGUUUUAGUAGGGGAGAUACAGAGAAUUGAUUUGUGGACACUGCUCUCUCCACUUAAACAAGCUAUGAAACAAAUGCAAAUUAAUGGUGAAAUGUUGACCUCCCAGUCAGAAAGCUGCAGUUGAAUUCCAGCCUUGACUGCCAUUCGAACUCCUCUGCCCUCCAGAUUUUUUUCCCUGUGCAAUCGGAAGGGGUGUAAGGACCUUUCAUACCUACAGAAGCACCCUUUCCAACCCCUGGACCACAGAGUUGCACUAAUCUCCAUGAAGAAGUUCGCAACCUUGACUCUCUCGGCUAAAACAGGAAGUGAGAUCUGACAGAUAUGAAAACGAGAGAGGUGGAAGAGGGAAGAUUAAUCCAGAUCACUUCAAUACCUUAUAGUAGCUGAGACUUCCAGUUGACAGCAGUGCCUUUGUCAACAGCAAGAGCUAAAAUUUAACAGACGUCGUGAAUGGACAGCCAUACAUGGCUCAGUUUUACAUCACCUUUAUGGAACCAUUUUUAAUAAACAUAAUCAGAAGGCAUUGGGACUUGGUUUUUCCAAGAACAGUUUCCAGUUCAAAGUUCAAAACUGAAUUGAGUCAGAUUGUUAGGAUAUAUAAAUGAUAAGAUAUGAGGAUUUAAAUUAUUAUAUUUUAAGGAAUGUUAUGAAUGGCUUACAAAAAGGUAGAAUUAAAUAAUGGCAGCUCCAAUAAGUUAAGUUUCAUUAUAAGACUGAUUUGCUGUGUUUUUUCUUUAUAUUAAAAAGGGAGCAUUAUUCUGGGUCGAAGAACAGUAAUUUUAAUGUAAAUUCACCUGACUGUUCAUAUAUUUUUUAGAAAAUAAAGUAACUCGAGCGAAGAUGGUCUCCAUUGUGCUGAUCCAAAGCCAGCCUGAAGUAAACCCUAUCAUAUUGGGUCUUUAGGGCAGCAAAGAGCACCGAGCUGGAUUGCUUCUGAGUCUGUAUGUUGCUAGCUAUUGCAGACUGGACUUGACAUUUUUUCCUGAUCUUGGAACCAGAGACCCAGUCCCAUUCUUUUAGUUUUAAUGGUGCUGUUGCAUUUUGGGUUUGGCACCCAGGAUCAGGAAUGAUGCUACUUCCUGCUGACCAAAAUGAUAGCUCGCUAAAGGAAAAUAUGUUAGAUACAUCACCUAUCACAAAUCUCUGGGGAACUUGUGUAAGGCUGCUUUAUAAUUCAGAAUAUCUCCUCCCAAGGAAGGAAGCUGUUUUUUUUUUUUAAAAAGUACUUUCCCUUCAUCCCCAAAGAGUGACAGUGUCCCAUAACCAUUGUUGCAAUUCUCACACUAGAAUUAUUGGAUUCCACAAUGUUUCAUCAAGUUAAUUAUCUGAAUUGAAAAAAAAACUUGCAAAAUGUAUAAAAAUGUUCUAACUGUAUGUGUAGUUCAUGUGGGAGUAGAUAUUUCAGUGUGUCAGCCUUAAGUAAAUGACCUUAUUCUGCCAUAUUGCAAAGCACUGUCCUGAUUAUUCAACAUUUCAACGAAAUCAAUCUCCUCACCAACACAACUAAGAUUCAUUUAACAAAAUCUAAGUUGCUAUAAACUUUUUGGAACCUAUCUGCAAUAAAUAGAAAGAUCGCGUAAUGGCCUGCAUACUUCCGUAUGGCAAUAGAUGUGUCAGAAGAUUUGAUGGUAUAUAUGGUCUACAGUGACAAAGCCAUAUAUCUAGGAAAUAAAAUCUAUCUACCUGAUUACAGCCAUAAGAUUUUUUUUAAAUGUGUUUUUGCUUACAAAAACAACUUUCGUCCAACCCUACAGACAAUAGGUGAUCACUAUUCAGAGUUGUAUCGAAUUACCAAAAGUAAUUUUAACUUUAUUUUUGCUCAGUGUAAUUAGGUUUGAAUUUUUGGGUCGUUAAAUGUCUUGCUAAUAUGUACUAGGUAACACUAUGAGGAUACAUGAUCAAUUAUAUAUUAUCUCUGAAUACUGCUAAUCUUGGAUUAUUCACUUCGGAUUCUGAAUUCCAUAUACUGGUGCACUGGUCAGCCCGAUGAUGUUGAAAACUGGAAGAAGUAAAUAUAUUGCUUGUGAGGUAUCAGUGCAGUUACCAUUAUAUGUAGCUGCGAGAUACCUUACUUGAUCGCCUGAACAAAAGUUGCCAGUUUUAAGCAAUUUGCUGCAAAAAUACUUUACAGAUAAGCAACUUGAGACACCGAUUCAGAAGGGAAUUGUUUUUCAAAACUAAGAGAUCCUCUUGACCUACUCAAUGUCAUAUAACCUCAGUGUUUCCCUAGUGUCGCAGACCAAUCAGUGCCUUGCAGCUCCAGAACUUCUGGAUCACUGGGGCACACUUCAGAUAGUACAGACUUUGUAAACUGUAGUGCUAGGGCCCUUGGGGAGGUGGAGGGAAGUUGUGGCUGAAAGUGUGCUCAUCUCUGCUAAAGACGAAUUGUCUCUCGUUGAUAAUUGGCUGACUCAAGAAUCUGUACUUGUUUUGUAGUUGCACUUUUGAAUAAUUUUUAGUAUUAUCAUGAAAUUUAUUCAUAUUUGAGAAAUAUGGUUUUUAGUUUUCCUUACCAUAAAGAGUAAAUUUUGAUUCAGAGCAGAAGAAAAUUCUAAAUGUGCACAAUUUGAAGUUUAGGGAUUGGGAUUUAUUUAUUUUAUAAUUAGACUUCUUGUGAAAAUGGAAAUUGCAGCUAUUUAUUUUUAACAUGCUUUUUUUGCAAACAUUCAUUCUAAAUUGCCUUUUUGUUUUAAUAUUUGGGGUUUGGUCUGAUAUGUUCAAGCCUUUAGUACUUUUUUUCUUUGCAGCUUGUAUUUGAGUCAUUAAUUAUAUCCCCUGAGACAUUGCUUUGAAAUAUAGGGAAGCUGCCACUUAUAAAUUACUUGAACAUGAACACAAAACUUGCAACUACUUUAAUCAUUUAAAAAAAAGUAUACUGACAUGCAUAUAGACCCAGAAAGCACAUUCAUAAGGACCAAACAGCAGCAGCAUAUACCAUCAUAUCAGUGAUAUCCUGAAACAGCAGGAAUGAACAAGCAAUGCUUUAUUGCAGUUAGCAGUUCAGAACAUGGAUGGGACUGUUAUACUUAAAUUAACCUAAGGUAACUUAAUACUGUGUUCUGUUUGUUAACUGCAUCACCUGUAUUACUGCCUCUCUUUGGAACUGUUAGAACCUUUACAAACUUAAGUUAAUGAGCUUGCACAAUCUUGCACACAGGAAAAAUGUAUACUGUCUUUAAUGAGAUUAAUGUAAUAUAUCAUUCUAUGCUGAUUAAAGGGAGCAGUUUAUCCCA